AUGAAACCUAAAGUGCAAAAUGAUUCGAGUAGUUGGAUCGAAAAUACAAAAUUAAAACAAAUCAUAAAGCAAAAUCGAACUACUAAUGACCCUUUGCAGUCUUCAGCAUCUACACAAUCGCCUAUUCCGUCACCAAUUAAUGAUGAGGAUGAUAGCACUGAUUCUAUAAAUUUAGAACAGGAACAAAAUUCUAUCUCUCUCGAAGGUAAUCCUAAUAAUAUUUUGAAUCAUAAAUCGACAGAAGAAAAGAAAUUAGAUGAUUUUCUGAAUCGAGUGACAAAAGAAAAGGUUAGUAAUUUGAUCAGAGAUCGAAAUCUGGAAAAGAAAAUAUUACAGAGUAAUGAGGAUCCCACUUCUGAGGAUAUUACAGCUGAGACUCAAAAAGAAAAACGAAAAUGCGUUAUUGAAAUGGCGUUGGAGUGGUGUCCUUAUUUAUCAUUGGAUCAUAGUAAUGAAUAUAGCGAUAUUUAUAAUUUUAAUAGUUCAGUACACUGUCCUAUAUGCAAUAAAGACCAUGAAAAAGAUAAUAUAAGGAAUAAUAUAAAUGGACAAUGGGGUAGUGGUGAUUAUGCCAAUACAGAAACUUAUCGUCUCAAAUGUUGGGAGGCUUGUCAGAAAUCAAUCCAAAUAGUAACUGUGAAAGCGUAG